CCAAAACAUUGUAUGAGUCCAACGGAUAAUCUCUAAAUCUGAAUUUUCCGUUCACUUUCCCGCCAUUACCCAUUUUCCCACUCAACUUUCUCGAGAAAAUCACGAAAGAACCUUUUUUUCUUUUUUCUUUUUUAUAAAAAAAAAAAAAAAAAAAAAAGGCAAUUCAAAAUUCCAAGCCAUGUUGUCUUCACUAUUUUUUCACACAAGAACAACAAUCCCAAAUGCCAAUGAUCUUCAAUUCUCAAAGCUUCAUAGUGCCCUUACAAUUGGGACAUCAGCCCUUAAUUUUGAGGUCAAUUCUCAGCCAACACCCCCUCUGAAAGGUCAUCUCCGAAACCGAUCUGUCCCAAGAUCUCAGUCUUCUUCAGACCCACAAAGCUACGAAGAAGGAGAUGAAGAAACCCUAGUUCAAGACUUGAGGGUGCCAGACCAUUGGUUGAAUCCUUCCAAGGCCUUGGAGGAAUCAGAGUGGCUUAGAGUUACUCUGCAUAAGUGGUUGGAUGAUGAGUACUGUCCUGAGGCAACCAACAUUGAAAUCAGCAGGGUUGCUGCCAACUCAUACUACAGAAGUUUAGUAGAGAAACAAACUGAUCUGGGUGAGAUUCUGUUGAAGAUGGCCAGAGAAUUAGAAUCCAUUUCCUAUCAAGAAAGCUUCCAUGGAGCUUUCUCAUCAGCAAAUGCAGCAGUUGAUCUAAUUGCCCAACGGAUUGAGCAGGAUUAGUUGUUUGACUAAUAAAAUUAGUCCAUUUUGCUGGAGAACUUAGGAGUGGUUUGGGCUCACUCUCACAUGGAGAGCAAACACAAAGAAAGAACUGCAAAUUGGGGGAAAGGAGAAACAAAUUGGGAAAUGAACAUGCAAAUUGUGGAGAGGUGACUCAAAUCCAUGACCUCAUGUCAAACCAAGUUUUAAUAGCAUGUUGAAUUAUGAAUUUUUUUUAGAUGUUCAUCUUCUUCUCAAAACUUUUCCCCUCCAUAACAGUUAUGUUUGGAAGCCAUGUAUCUCCACAUACGCUAAGGUCUGGAAACAUUUUUAACUUUUAACUCAAAACCAAACUUGGAUUCUAUUCAACCUUGUCAUGUCCAUAUCUCCUCAUAUAUCCAAUUAGGAAUUUGACAAAAUGUGUAUAAUGUACAAAUCAAUUGAAUAUGAUGAGGUAUGGAGAUUCGGACAUUGAACAUUGGUCAAUCAGUCAAUUAAAGCUUUUAUGUUUCAACACAAAAAAAAUCAUAUUUACUUUCUG